AAAGUCUAUUUUUGAUUAAAUUCGAUGUGAACUCUGGUCUCAACAGAUUCUUCAACCCUCCUUUCCCAUUUUUAUUGGAUUUUUUCACAAUUUACUUGUAUACCGUGUAUACGCCCCUCUCUCGCUGAUCACUGAGUGAUUAAAGAAGACAAAAAAGAAGACGAAGAAGAUAAUGGCGCCAACGGGUCAAGGUGGGCAGUGGCAGGAAGUACUGUGCUGCUCGAUUUGUAAUCGACAUUUCAAUGAAACAUUCCUCCCGGUGAGCUUAAUCUGUGGUCACGUAAUCUGUCGAAAAUGUGCCGAAAAGCCGGAAAAUCAAACGAAACCAUGUCCCCAUGACGAUUGGAAAACGACACACUCACCAUCAGAAUAUCCGAAUAAUGUGGCAUUGCUCUCAGUGAUUUUCCCGCGAAAACAGUGUAUGACGUUGUCGGGAGCAGUCAGUGAAGCCGAAAAACGUGUCGAUCAACUCUCAAUUCAGAUUGCAAAGUUUUUCCGUGAAGCUGAUAGUGAACGGGGUGGUACGGUGUCUAGUAGGGAAAUCUCGCGGACCCUCCAACGAAAAGUGCUCGCCCUGCUCUGCUAUCAAUGGCGAGAGGUCGACGGUCGCCUCAAGACCCUCAAAAUGUGCCGUGGAAUUAGUGAACGCGUGAUGAUCGAGAUAAUACUAUCGAUUCAAAGCAACACCCAUGUCAGCAGUCAGCUAUGGUCUGCGGUUCGAGCCCGUGGUUGCCAAUUUCUGGGCCCGGCGAUGCAGGACGAUGUGCUCCGUUUGAUUCUAAUGACUCUAGAGACUGGUGAAUGUAUUGCUCGGAAGAAUCUGGUGAUGUAUGUUGUGCAGACACUAGCGUCGGAUUAUCCACAGGUGUCAAAGACAUGUGUCGGACACGUCGUUCAGUUGCUCUACAGAGCUUCAUGCUUCAACGUUCUCAAGAGAGAUGGAGAAUCAUCGCUGAUGCAGUUGAAAGAGGAAUUCCGAACUUAUGAGUCACUCCGUCGAGAGCAUGAUUCUCAAAUAGUGCAGAUCGCUUUUGAGUCCGGCUUACGAAUCGGGCCGGAUCAAUGGUCAGCCCUGUUGUAUGCCGAUCAAUCCCACCGUUCGCACAUGCAAUCCAUCAUUGACAAGCUUCAAUCUAAGAAUUCCUAUCAGCAAGGCGUCGAGGAGCUCCGAGCAUUGGCUGGCUCGCAGACUUCGAUGCUUGUCCCGGCCUACCGCUACUUCUUGACACAGGUCAUCCCGUGUUUGGAGUUUUUCGCCGGUAUUGAGCAUGAGGAUACCUCGAUGCGAAUGAUCGGAGAUGCAUUGCACCAGAUCAGGAUUCUUCUGAAGCUGCACUGCUCGCAGGAUGAUUUGAGAAAAAUGCCGAAAGAAGAGCGGAGAGGCGUUAUUUUGCAGGCGGAGGUGCCUGGAGGAAUGGGUGGAGGGCCUGGUGGAUCUGGUGGAGCCGAAGCAGGAAGGAUCGGAGGACUUCACCCUCUCUACUCGCAGAUCGAUGAAACCGGGCGAUCCAUCAGCCGUACGAAUCCCAAGGAUAACUCCCAUAACUCCCCGCAAACCCCACCAAAGCAACCCCGUCAGAAGCGGUAUCAAAUGGGAAUUCCGCCCAACAGAAUGGGAUACUCGUCGGAUGCUCCUCCAUUCAUACCAUCACAUCAACAACAACCACCCCCACAGUUCUUCAAUUCUCAACAUCUUCCCCAGAGAUUUCGAGGAGGCCGUCAGCGAGGAGCACCACCUCCACCGCCACCACAGCCGAUGCCGAUGCUCAUUGGAUACGAUAUGCCGGGUGCACCGAUGAUGCAGGCGACUGAAGUACUCACUGCCGAUGGACAGAUGGUUAAUGGAACACCUCAACGUGUGGUGAUCAUGCAAUCGCCCACGCAUUUGCCCGGCGGCCCUGUUGUUAUGAUACCACAACAACAAAUGGUACCCCCACCACAAAGUAUGACACCUGUCGGUGGACCAAUGGGUCCAAUGGGACCAAUGACUCCAUCAAUUCCUGUACAAGUACCGCCUAACACCAUGUGGACUGCAACGUCACCAACUGGAAGUGUAAUCUAUCCGGCCGCAUCGCCACCCGGUCAACCACCACAUACCAUAUGGAUACAAUCGACCGACGGAAACAUGUUUCCAAUGUUUGAUCGUGGAAGUGGUGGAAUGGUAUGGGGACCCGGAACGAUGCUCCGUGAAAGUGGAGCCGACGCUGAGCAACUGCUCGCGAAACGUUAUGAGAUUUUGAAGCGACUACAACCGUCGGAAGAUGAUGAUGAUCCAGAAGAUGGUGGAAUUGGACAUGUUUCAUAUACUGUUGCAUCGUCUGUUUUGGAUGAUAGAAUGGAUCAUCACCCAUUGACAAUGAUACCAGUACCAACAAUAGAUCUUCCCGCAAUUCCAAUCAGCUUUGCAAAUAUGCCAACCGAAGAGACAAUGACAAUGAUUGGAGAAAUGGUUCAGAAUCGUCCACGAGCUCCAUCUCUAACUGCUCCAAGCUCCAAUCAACCGAUGAAUGUCAACGCAUCGGCAUCCGCUACCGUACAAGCGGAAUGUGGUACGAUGAGUGUGAUGGAUAGUAUUUGUCAGCCGAUUUCCACGUCGGCAAUCCAUAAUUCUGCAACCAUCCCCCAACCGGUCAUUCCAAUGGUACAAGUUCCAGUACAAGUACCAAUUGUUCCAGCUGAAAACUUCAAUCCAAAUGUCCCACCACCACCACCGCCACCACAGGGACAACCGAUGCUUGUCGACAGUGCCAUCGGACUGCUGACACCGAUUCGACCGAUUCUGGUUGCACAUCCACAGAAUGUUGUUUCGAAUUCACUUGAUAAAAUUGUUGAUGUUAAGGAGAGAAUUAGUGAGGCACAAGGAAAUGCGUCGGAAGCCGAAAAUGCACAUCUCCGAAUGGAGCUCCGAAUGGCUGAAAGUCAAAUGGCUCAUUUGGAUCCAUAUACAAAGAAUAAUUGCCUGCUCCGUGCUCUUCAGCAGGUCGAUAUGGAACUUCAACAGCUUCAUCUCAAUCCGACUGUCGAGGGAUAAACCAUUUUCUUUCUUUUAUGAUUUUUCCCAGUCGUGGCCUAGGAGUUCACAUUUUCUAGGCCAGCACUUAUUCCUUGGUUUUUUUUUCAAAUUUUGUGUAGAAACUUGCCACGUGGCUUAUUUUUUUUGUUGAAAAUGUAGCAAUUUUGCUUCUUUUCUCUGAAAUUAGAAGGUUUUUGUAUCAAAAAUCUUUUUUUUAACACUUUUUUCCGGAAUUUUAGAGAUUUUUGAAGUGAAAAAUUCGAAAAUUUGCUUAAAAAUUGUAAAAAUUGACAGCAAAUUUUGUUUUGGUUUUUUUUUGAAAAGCUUCCCCUAGAAAAUUUGAAACUGUAAUAUUUUUCGAAUUUUUCGAGAUUUUUACAUGAAAAAAUGAAAAAAAUAUCGCUGAAAUCCGGAAAACCAGUUUUUUCACAUUUUUCGAGAUUUUUGACCUCAAAAAGCUAAAAUUUAGUGGAAAAUUUGAUUUUUUUUUUCACUGAAAAAUUCAAUUUUCAAUUUUCCCCAUAAAAAACAAAAAAAAGAAGCAAAGCAUGAUGAUUUCCAGACAAAAUAAUUUGCUACGUGGCACCACUUUUAUUUAUUUUUUUUUCUUAUUUAAAAUAACUUUAUCCUACUUUUUCUCGCUUUUUUCCACUUCAUUUUCCUCAUUAUCAUCUCGAUUUUCUUCGCUUCCAUUCAUUUUUCUUCUCGAAAUUUAAUGCACUUUUUGUUCCCCCUCCCGUCCCCAUAUCUAUUGAAAAAUUUACUUUGAAAUCUAGUUUUGGCUCUUUUUUGUAGCUUCACCGGCGGCUUUUUGAUUUUCUGUGAAAAUGAAGCUGCGUUUUUUCCA